AUGAAAAAUAUUUUUAAUAAUCCAGUUGUUCGAAUGGUACGUGAUGAAGUAAAUGAUCUUCGAAAGAAAAAUAAAGAUACAAAAACUGAUCAAGAAAUUCCAUCAGGUCCUCCAGCAUAUUAUCAUCAUCCACCAUCAACAUCAUCAACAACCACCACCACCACAGAUUCUUAUUCUCAUACAGCGAGUUCAACAGCAGGUUAUUCACAAACGAAUGCUUAUCCAACAUUAACAGCACAUAAUCAAGAACGUGAUAGACAGAGUUUUCUUGGUAAAAUUGAAUCAACGACAACGAAUUUACUUGGAAAUGUAAUUGGACAAGAUACAGUAGUUUCUGUAGCACAUAAAUUAAAUACUGCAGUAACAACUGGACGUAAUGCACGAGAACUUCUUCGAAAUGGUGCAGUUGUUCAAUUGGUUUCAAAAAGUGCAGGAAGUUUACUUCAAGUUGUUAUGUCAACGAAUGGCGUUCUUAUAUUUGAUGGAAAUGGUGCUGCUAAUUCGUUUAAUACUUAUUUCACUGUUGAAGAAGCUGAAAAAGGUCGACUUCGAUUUCAUAACAAUUACAAUUAUUUAGCAUUUGAAGGCAAACUAGCUUGUAUCAUGUCAUUUCCACCUGGUGCUAAGAAUAAUACUAGUAUUGAUUUUCGUGUACAUGAUAUACUUGGUACUAGUGAAUUAGUAGCACUUGAAUCAUGUGCAUAUAAAAAUCAUUUCAUUUCUAUAUCACCUGAUGGUCUUCUUAAAACAACGAAUAUUAAAGAUAAAAAUAUUGAUGCUCAGUUUUCAGUUGUAUCUAUUAUAAAUAAUCAGCAAAUGAUGUAUCCACAGCAGACACAACCACAUCAACUAUAUAAUAUGAGUCCAUAUAGUAGCAUUCCAUCUAGCAAUGCAAAUGUAUCUAAGGAUUCUCAACCAUCUUCAAUGUAUCAUGAACAAUCGCAAUCACUCUAUCCUCAGCCACCAAAGUAUCAUGAACAAUCGCAACCAUUAUAUCCUCAACCACCAAUGUAUCAACAGCAACAACACCAACCACCACCAUCAACAUCUCUUGAAAAUUCUUCGUACGCUACACAAAGUCCAUAUAAUCAAUCAACAACAUCGUCGAGUUUAUAUCCAAAAUUUAAUUAA